AUGAAGAUGUCGAGUAUAUCAGAGUCGAAUAUUUUGCUUUCAUUGAGCAUGAUGAAACCUUUUUUGAGGUCGAGAAGGUCCAGGCAUUGUUGUGAAUUUGCUGACGUGGAGCUUGAUAAGGAGAAUGAUACCAGUAUGAAGAAAAAGAAGAAGAAGGAGCAUGGAAUGAAGAGGAAGAAGAAUAUGGUGCCACUCCGGCCAUCUGAACUUAUCAUGGUGCUGGUGCUGGUGGUGGUGGUGGUCGGUUUGCUUCUUCUCCGCUUCCCGCUCCGGCUGUUGCUCCCGCCGCUUCCCUCUCCCACUCCCGGUUGCCACUCCCGUUACUUCCCUCUCCGGCUCGCCGCUCAGCUUCCUCUCCCAUCCGGUGGCCGCUCCCGCCACUCCCGCCGCAUUCCCUUUCCAGCUCCCAGUUGCCGCUUCCCUCUCCCACUCCCGGUGGCCGCUCUGCCUUUGCCUUUCCCGGCUCCCGGGCUGCGCUUCCCUCUCCCACUCCCGGUGGCCGCUCAGCUUUUCCCUCUCCCAGGCUCCCGUCCUCGGUCGCUUCCCUCUCCCACUCCCGGUGGCCGCUCCAGUCGGCUUCCCUGUAGGCUCCCGGUCACUCGGUCGCCCGCUUUCCUCUCUCCCACUCCGCCGCCCCGGUCGCUGCCCUCUCUCCCACUCCCGGUCGCUCACUCCCACUCCCGGGCCGCUUCACUCCCCCGCUCCCGCCCGCUACAUCAAAGUAUUGUGCAGGAAACACAAUUAGUUGCAAGUAUUUUGGUUUAUAAAGAGAUCAUGUUGGGUGAUUAA